AUUUUGAAUCAAGUAUAAAGAGGGGAGAGAUGGUAUGUAGGGGGUCUCAUACCAAACCUCAAAACCAUUGACCAAUGGAUGUUGAGAAAGUUUUCCACAUGAAUGGUGGACUUGGUGAUAAUAGCUAUGCACAAAAUUCAUCUCUUCAGAAAAAGGCUUCAGAUAUGGUAAAGCAUAUAACCCUCAAAACCCUAGAAGAAACCUACAUCUCCACCACACCCGAAAGCCUCGGCAUAGCCGAUCUCGGCUGUUCUUCCGGCCAAAACACACUAUCAACCAUACGAGAUAUGGUGGAAGCCAUCGACAAAACCGCCGGUAAACUCCACAACACCCCACCACCGGAGUUCCGCAUCCACCUCAACGAUCUUCCAACCAACGAUUUCAACGCCACAUUCAAAAUACUCCCUGAUUUCCACCAAGCAUUAAACCACCAAAGGCGUCACCGGAGCCCCAACCACAAUUCAAGCGUAUACAUCGCCGGUUAUCCGGGUACUUUCUACGGCAGACUGUUUCCCGACAAGUGUUUGCACUUCAUUUACUCUUCUUACAGUUUGCACUGGCUCUCCAAGGUUCCUCCGGGAUUGUAUGACAAGAAUGGAAAGUCGGUUAACAAAGGUAGCUUAUACAUCUCGGAAUCGAGCUCUCCACAAGUCUCUAAAGCGUAUUUUGAUCAAUUUCAAGAAGAUUUUUCAAUGUUUUUAAGAUCAAGGUCGAAAGAACUUUUAGCAGGAGGUCGGAUGGUGUUGAUUCUAUUAGGAAGGAGAGAUCGAAGCCAUGUUGAUAGGGGAAACUCAUUUCUUUGGGAACUUCUUUCACGAUCAUUCGCCACCUUAGUUUCUCAGGGAGAAGUUAAGCAAGAAAAAGUUGAUGGGUAUGAUUCACACUUCUAUGCACCAUCAAGGGAUGAAUUAGAGGAGGAAGUAAAGAAAGAUGGAUGUUUUAAAAUGGAGCUUUUUGAAAUGUUUGAAAUGGAACGAAACUCCGGAGCUUAUAUGAGCCAUGGAACUGCAGUGGCCAGGACUGUUAGGGCGAUUCAAGAAUCGAUGAUUUCCCGUCAUUUUGGAGUAGAGAUUCUUGACAAUUUGUUUGAGAAUUAUGGGAAAUUGAUUGAUGAAGAAAUGGGUAUAGAAGAUAUUAAGCCCAUAAGUUUCAUUACUGUUCUUCGAAAAUUAUGAUUUGGAUAUAUAGACGUACGUCAUGCCAUGUAGGUAUUGUGUAAAUACAUCCAUGAAUUUUUUCCUUAUUUUCUUUUUUAAACUUAUAUGUACGUAAGGAGUUAUGUCUAAUAAGGGUAUUCAUUAUAAGGGUCG